GCUCGUGUCAUUGCGACUGUACCUCUCAUUCGGGGUCGCCAUCAUAACGACAGGAGGAGCCGCUGCAGCCAGCGGCGAGGACAAGAGCAACGGGGGCAAGAUCCCCGCACCCGUCUUCGAUGGCACGAGCAAGACCAUGAAGACGUACCGCCGAGAGGUCGCCACCUGGCAGAUCGGCACCGAGGUCAAGCCGCCCAAGCAGGGAGCGACCUUGCUGGCCAGCCUCAAGGGCAAGGCCGAGGAGGCGUGCGAGGAGCUCGACCUGGACGCCAUCAAGGGUGACGACUCGGUGGAGGUGUUCCUGGAGUACCUCGGGAAGCGCUUUCCCGAGAUCGAAGUGCUGGAGACCCCAGCGCUGCUGGAGACCUUCGUGCGCCCGGCCUGCGUCCGGCACAAGUACGAGAAAAUCCGCGACUACAACAACCGCUUCAAUGGGAUCGCCACCAAACUGAAGGCCAAGGGCAUCCAAGUGCCCGACGAGGUUUUGGCGGACCUGUACAUCAAGGGGGCCCGCCUGCCCCCGGAGCGCGCGGCGAGCGUGCUCAACGGUGUGGGCAACCAGUUCAACCCCACCAAGAUCCAGGAGCAGUUGAUGAUCAACUUGCCCAAGGGAUCGGUCGUGGACGGCAACAAGCGGGCGUACGCCACGGAGACCUACGAGGAGGAUCGUAGGGCCGAGCUCGACGGCGCGUCCUCAGACAGCUCCGACGACUACGAGGACGAGCUGCCCGACGAGCUGCAGGGCGUGAUCGACGAGGCGGAGGAGCAGGUAGCGUUCUUCACCAAGAAGAUGGUGCGCGCCAAGGACAAGCUGAAGGAGGCGAAGCAGGCGCGUGGCUACUUCGCCAAGCGCGACGGCGGCAACCCGCCGAAGAGAGACGAUCCCAAGAUCGCCAAGAUGAAGGCCAGGACACACUGCGGCGCAUGCGGCCAGAAGGGCCAUUGGCGCGGUGACCCGCAGUGCUCGAAGAAGAACGACCCUAACGCCGAGGCCGACAUCCCGAAGAAGGGAAGCAACAGGACGAACAUCGCCACGCACGAGACCAGCGACGCGCAGGAGCCUCACGUGGCGGAGAUGACGGUCGCGGCGGUCUACCAGCAGGACCAGCGGGCCGCGGCUCGCGACAGGAAGUACGGCGCGCUGCACAGCAUCGACUGGGCGCAGAUCCGCCAGGCCGCCGAGUUACCCGAAGAAGUUACGGCGGCGGCGUUCUUCAUCAAUGAGGACCUACUGAAGGAGUCGGGGGGCAAGCUGACCUUCGACACGGCCUGCGCUCGGUGCGUCGGCGGCCUCGACUGGUACAGCGACAUCAAGAAGAGACUGGCCGCCUUCAACAUCCAGCCCAUCGAGUACCCCGAGAAGGAGCCGUUCCGGUUCGGGGCGUCGAAGGUGGUGUUCAGCCUCAAGGCGGCGCUGAUCCCCUGUUCGGUGAACGGACUGUUCAGCCGCAAGGCCCAGAGCGAGCUGGACAUAGUCUACCACGCCGGAGACAACAAGCUGGACAUCAAGUCGAUCGACGAGCACAACAUCCAGUUGGGCCUGAGCCGCGCCGGACACCCGACGCUGGACAUCGCAGGCUUCGCGCCGAUUUAUAAGCCCGUUUUGGACGUCUCGGAUACCAAGGCCGAGAUUCGUCUUCAUCCUUGCGCUUCUUACCAUGCUGAGACAGCUGUGGCCAGCGCCGCCAAGCCGGUGGUGCCCGAGGCUCGCCACCCAGGAGUUGCUUCGGAGGCCGACGAGUCUCCGUCGGAUACUGAUUGCAAUGCGCUCGGUAGCGCCGAACUGUUCGAGCAGCAGGUGCGCCAGGAGACGAGCCCGGGGGGCAGCGGCCAGAACUUGCCGACGACGAGUACUGCCCGUCUUCCGGCGAUAUCCAGCAUGCGGAUGCCGGAGCUGCAGGCCGAGGUGGCAAGCUACGACUUGGAUGCGCGCGACGCCACGUGCGACCAGCUCCGGGUGAUCUUGCGUGCGCUGAGGGCUGAGGGCCGCGAGAGCACGCCGCAGGGCGACUACAUCCCGGGGCUCGGCAAGAAGAACAAGGAGGAGCUCCAGCAGCUGCGUCGGGACCGCCAGAUCGAGUUCGACCAGCGCGCGCCCGUGCCGGAGCUCAGGCAGCGCCUCAAGGGCUGGAAGGUCGAGGACGCGGUCAGCAGUGCCGCGGCGACGGUGGCUCAUCCGAGCUCACAGAUCACCGGGGCCGACAAGAUGCGCUUUGGCAAGUGCCCCACGGCGGACUACCGCUGGGUGCUCAAGAACGACCUGGGCUACGCGCAGUGGGCGGCCAAGACCAUCUCGGAGGCAGUGAUGGCCGAGGAGGUGGUUGCUGGACGACGAAUGGGUGGCGCCAGCGGCUACGACUACGAGGGCCUCAGGCGGCGGUCAGGCAUCAAGAAGGGCAAGCGCGUCGGUUUCCUCUACCAGGUCACGGGCUUGCUGAGCGCCUUCGCCUCUCAGACGGUGCUCACCGCGGACUGGCUGGCUAGACCUCUCAAGCCCGUGGACGUCAAGGAGGCCUACAGCGUUCGCAGCCACCGCGUGGACGUCACGCAGGUGUUCGGAGGCGAAGGCGGCAUCACCGAGGCGGCGUGGAAGCGCCGGAUGACGGCCACAGAGGUGAUCGACCGCAAAUACGGAUGGGACUUACGCAAGCAGAAGGACCUCGACGCGACGUACGACCUGUACUACGCCUCAAGGCCGAAGUACGUGUCAAUCGAGCUACCCUGCACCCACUGCACGAACAUCACGCACCUCAACUUUCGGACGCCGCAGCUCGACUCUAGCGACAUGGCCAUGAUCGAGAACCUGGCCACCAGCCGGCUCUGGACACAGCGCGCGAUUUUGGAGCUACUGGCAGACGAGCGCGUGUACCAGGUGAGGUGCGACAUGUGCGAGUACGGAGCUCGACACUACAAGGCGGGGGGGCUCAUCAAGCACCCCACGAAGCUGCUCGUUACCCACAAGGAGUUCGAGCAGCUGAAGCGCACCUGCAGCCGCAGGCACCACGACCAGACCUUUGGGGGCAACGUGGCGGUGCGCAAGUCUGGCGUUUACCCCGCUAAGUUCUGCAGAGCGGUGGCGCGCAUUGUGGAGCAGGUGAUUCGGCGGCAAGGAGGGCAUCGCGCCUACCAGGUGGACUGCCAGUCGCACUCGUCGCCCUUCAUCGUGACAGUGCCCAGGGAGCAGGCCGCCGCCUACGUAAACGACACCGCGCCCCUGGGAGAGACGGGCGAGCCUGAUGAGAACCCAGACCCCAUAGGCGGCGGAGACGACUUCGCCGACACUCACGACGCGCGGGCCGAAGAUACUGUGGACGGCAGGAUCGGGGUCGGCGCGAUUGCUUUCACAAAGAAAGCAGCGGCCUGCUGCAAGCCAGCCGAGCUGGCCAUGCUCAAGAGACUCGAUGUCAAUUUGGGCCAUCCGUCUAAUGAAGAUUUGGGCCGCAGCUUGCGACUCAAAGGCGCUAAGUCGGCCACCGUCCAGGCCGUCGAGGGGCUGAUCUGCGGGGUGUGCCGCUCGCAGCAGCGCCCGAGCGCGAGGAGACCAGCGCACCUCCACUUCGUGCAAGAUUUUGGAGACGACGUCGGCUUCGACUGCUUCGAGCUCAAGGACGUCGACGGCAAGAGCUACUGGUAUUUCAGCAUCGUCGACCUGGCCACCACCUUCCAUGUCGCGACGCUGAUCGAUCGCCACACCAGCCAGGAGUUCGCUGCCGCGUUCGAGAGGUGCUGGGCCUCGUUGGCGGGCGUACCCGACCGAGUUCACUUCGACAUGGAGAAGGGGUUCGGCGGCGCCCUCAGCGAGCUGCUUCAGUCAGUCAACACAGUGCAGCUGCCCAUUGCUGGUCAGGCACAUUGGCAGGUUGGUCGCGCGGAACGCAAGGGAGCUUGGUGGAAGGAGCUCGCGGCGAGGACGAUCGAGCACUCGUCGAUCAGGGGCGAGGACGAGAUGCGGACGCUGGCCAUCAUGGUAUCGGGCGCGAAGAACUCGCUGAGAAGGCGAGCAGGCUUCAGCCCCGCGCAGUGGGUGCUGGGACGCGACCCCAAGAUGCCUGGAGACCUAGUCGACGACACGGCCAACUACAGCGCCCACAGCCUCGCGGCCAACGACGAGAAGAUUCGCCGCCGAUAUGCCAUUCGGACGGCGGCGCGCGAGUCGUUCAUGUGGAUGCAGAACGACGACCAGCUCCGGCGAGCUAUGCUGGCUCGCGCGCGCACGGUGGCGACGCCCUUGUCAGUGGGCGAGAUGUGCUACGUCUUUCGCCAGGUCAAGAAGAAGGAGCAGCGGGAGCAGUACAACCGCAACGCCAAGAAGGGCAUCUGGCGAGGGCCGUGCGUAGUCAUCGGCCACCAAGGCGAGAACACCUGGGUCUCCCUAGGAGGGCACACCAUGCGGGUGGCCCCGGAGCACAUCAAGGCACUCGCUCCGGACGACGUCUGGUUCCCGAACGGCAGGGACGAGAUCGGUCAGGCCGUGGCCGAGCUCAACCGGGCUCGCGACUCGCUCGAACAAGAAGAGGCUCAGGUGGAGGACAUCCGCCCGGCGCCUGGCGAGCCCGAGGUCAAGCCAGACGAGAUGGAGCAGGCGUGGCGGGAAUUCAUCGACAACCCGGACGACAGCGACCUCAAGCUGAACGUCUCCGAGGAUCCGCCCCAGCAGGAGCAGAUCCAGGCGCUGCCCGCCGACGUGCCGCAACAAGCUGAAGAAGAGCGAACCUACGGCCCUGGCGAGUUCCGACGACGUCGAGCUACCUUCGACGGAGGGGACAGCGGCGACUUCGGCCCGGCCUUCAAGCGACUCCAGACCGAGAGGGAGCACGCAGGCUCUGGCGCCCUGCCCGCAAGGGCAACUUCGCGGGACCGCGCGGCGGCCCCCGAUCAGGAGGCAGCGGCCGGACCCGAAGCAGGAGGAGCCCGCCAACGUUCGAGGUCGGCUCCAAGACAAGUAUUGCAAACCUCCAUCGUGACCGAGAGGAUCAAGCGCAAGCAGGCCGACAAGGAGAUCCACUGGAGGGCCAUCAAGGACUCUGAUCGGGAGCUCUUCAGGGAGGCGGCCGCCAAGCAGUGGAGCGAGUGGCAGAAGUAUGGCUCUUGUCAGGUACUCUCCAUCGAGGAGUCCGAGGCGAUCAGGGGCAUGAUCAAGCCCAGCCUCAUCCUGCCCAGCCGGUUCGUGUACCGGGACAAGAACGCCCCGCUGCGGACCGACAAGCAUCCGCUGCCGGUCAAGGCAAAGGCCCGACUCUGCGUCGGGGGUCACAUGGACCCGCGCCUCGCUCAGGGCGACCUGCGGACGGACGCGCCCACGGUCACCCGCAACUCGACCAUGCUGUUCUUCACCAUCUGCCAGAGGUUCGACCUGGAGAUCUACGCGGCGGACGUGGAGGCGGCUUUCAUGCAAGGCGACGAGCAGCCCGACCAGCAGCUGUACAUGGCCCAGCCUCGCGAAGGGUUGCCUGGGCUGAACCCGAAGCAGCUGAUCAAAAUCCUCAAGGGAGUUUUCGGGCUGGCCACGGCACCGAGACAAUGGUGGGCGAAGCUCAAGAGGACAUUGCUGGCGGUGGAGGAGAAGCUGAGCGACAACUACGUGUUUCGCCUACACCAGCACUCGCUAGACCCAGCGCUGUACUACGGCUACGACCAGCACGGUGAGCUCUGUGCGGUGGUGGUCGCCCACGUGGACGACUUGCUGCUGGGGAUCUCGCGCGAGUACCCGGGCCUCUACGACAGGCUUCACAAGCUUUUGCCCUGGGGCGACUGGCGAGGCUUGCCUUUUACCUUUUGCGGCAAGCAGGCCUGGCGAGAUCAAGAGGAAGUACUACAUCUACGACAGACCGAGUACGCGAACACCAUCGAGGAGAUUCCGCUCAGCAAGGAGCGCAAGACGGACCUGUCGUCAGAUGCUACGCCAGCCGAGUUCUCGGACAACCGCUCCGCACUCGGAGCGCUCGGGUGGCUUUCAUCGCAGACUCGUCCCGACCUGGCAGCUGGAGUGGCCAUGGGGCAGCGGACCCAGAACAAGCCCACCAUCCAGGACUUGCUCGAGACGAACAGGCUCAUCAAGUUGGCGCGGAAGCACGCGGGCGUGGGUUUGGAGUUCCCUAAGUUACGUGGGCCUCUGUGCCUGGUGACGUACCACGACGCCAGUUGGGCCAACGCUGACGAGCCAGCUGAAGGCGCCAUCUCCAAGUUGCUCGCCAAGACCGUGGGGGCAACCAGUAAGGACAAGAAGAUCAAGAUUCGCUCGCAGGCUGGCUACGUGAGUUUUCUCGCAGGCUGUGCUCAGAUUACACGCUGCGUUUUCGCUUCGCUAGAGAUUGCGGAUGCCCAUCCAGAGGACAUCCCGCCGAGUCUGUUGCCGCUCGCUCAGGUCACAGAUUGCGCCAGCUUGUACGAUACGAUGCAUAAAGACUGUUAA